CCCAAAGUCGCGUAUUUGGCGACUUUGGCGUAUACCUGCGGACUUGGCAACUGUGGCGGCAGGUAUUUUGAAAACGCAGGAGUCAAGGCAAGUCAAUAAAUAUGAAGCUUUGCUUUAUCGGUAGUUCAAUAAUGGAAUUCGUGAUUUGGUAUCUGAUUGGCGUUUAGAAAGAUGGACAACGCAGCGUGGUUGGUUGUCAAAUUGUGGACUUCGACAUUUGAUUGGCUUGUAGAAGAUGGACCACGCUGCAUGAUUGGUUUUCAAACGAUGAGGUUCAUGAUAUAAUUUGCUGUGUCUGCGCAGACAUGAGGGGCCACAGGUGGAAAAUACAGAUUAUUAUGAAAAGUGAACUCUCCUUCGAGCCGGAUUCGAACCAGCGACCUAAGGAUUACCAUGUAUCCGCUACAGUCCUCCGCUCUACCAACUGAGCUAUCGAAGGGAGAUGCUAAGUCUCGGCUUCAAAUCCAUACCUCCCAACGAGGGCCGGCUCGUUGACGUCCGGCGGCCGCUUCCGAUGCCCGUCCUGCAGACAUGAGGUGGUUCUGGACAGGCAUGGGGUUUACGGGCUGCAAAGGAACCUGCUGGUUGAGAAUAUUAUUGACAUGUUCAAACAGGAGUCCAGCAGCAGCAAGCCAACGCCGGAGAGCAAGGAAGAAACGCCCAUGUGUGAUGUUCACGAGGACGAAAAGAUCAACAUUUACUGCGUGACCCACAGUGUGCCCACAUGCUCCAUGUGUAAGGUAUUUGGAGCUCACAAAGACUGUGAGGUGGCGCCUAUCACAAGCAUCUACCAGACAAAGAAGACGGAGCUGAGUGACGGGAUUGCCAUGAUGGUUGGUAACAACGACAGGAUGCAAGGCAUCAUUAGUCAGCUAGAGGAAGCCUGUCGUGCCAUAGAGGAGAAUGGUCGGAGGCAGAAGACUCUGGUGUGCGAGAAGUUUGACCACCUGUACUCCAUCUUGGAAGAGAAGAAGAGGGAGAUGAGUCAGAAGGUGACAGCCGAGCAGGAAGAGAAGGUGAAUUAUAUCCGGGGCCUGACCAGGAAGUACGGAGACCAUUUGGAAGAGAGCUGUAAGAUCGUGGAGAUGGGGAUACAGACCAUGGAAGAGCAAGAGAUGGCUGUAUUCCUAGUGAACACAAAGGAUGUCCUCAAAAAGAUUGCAGAGGCAUCUAGUACGGCACAUUUGGAUAAAGUUGAGCGUGGGUACGAGAACAUGGAUCAUUACACCGUCGACUUCAAGAAAGAGGGCACGGCCCUGCGCAGCAUCGACUUCCUGCAAGAUGAGGAGGAUGAGGACGAAGAGGAUGAGGAUGGAGAGGCAGGCGCCGAGGAAGGAGAAGGGGCCCAGACUGUAUCAGGAGGAGGUGCUGUUAUAGCCACCUCCGUUCAACCUUCUGCACCCCAGCAGUUGAACUCGUCCCCCAGUGCAGCCAAAAGCGCCGCCUAGACCUAGCUGCCAGCAAAGACAACACCUAAACCAGGAGCAUGAUAAGUUUUGCUCCUGGAUGUUGAUUUCAGGUCAGUUGUGAUACUUUUUCUCCAAGAAUGGGGCACCGUGAGACAGAUUUAUAUCUGUGCUGAAGGGAAAGUCUGAGUUGCUGAGGUAGCUCUAAAAGAAGAUGCAGAAGUUUCAAUUCACUGCUCUCUCUUUUAUUGUGAUUUUGUCAGUGCGCAUCACAGCACACUGACUACUUUUUUUUUUCACUAAAUACAUGUUUUGCCUCUUCCUUGUAUUAUAUUUUAGACAUACUGAAAGAGAGACAGGAUGUGAGUGUCUUGUUUUUUCCUGAAUUCAUACAUUUUUUAUGUAGCUGACCUUUUGCGACUCACUGUUUAAACCACAUCAUUA